AUGUUACCGAAAGAGCCGACUGGAUCAGCAACCUCGCCGACCGAUGCCGGGGUGGAGACAUGGGAUCCGAAAGAGGAGACUGCCUUGGUACGAAAGAUUGACUUGCGAAUCUUCCCGGUCAUGGUUGUGCUAUUCAUUCUCAAUUUCAUUGACCGGAACAAUUUCGCCAAUGCUCGACUGAAAGGACUUGAAGAAGACCUCCACCUUACCGAUGUACAAUACCAGACUUGUAUCUCAAUCCUUCUGGUCGGGUAUGUGGCUAUGCAGGUACCUUCAAACAUGAUCCUGAGUAAAUUAUCGCGGCCGAGCUGGUACCUUUGCGCAAGUGUGGUAGUCUGGGGCAUUAUCUCAGCUGCGACCGGUGCUGUCCAUAACGCCACUGGAGCGAUUCUUUGCCGGUUCUUCCUGGGCUGUGUUGAGGCGUCUCUCUUCCCUGGAAGCAUUUACCUUCUAUCGCGAUGGUACACUAGAAGAGAGAUGCAAGUACGAGUAACUCUACUGAAUAUGGGGAAUCUCGCAGCCCAAGCAUUCGGAGGUCUCAUCGCCGCGGGCAUUCUUUCCGAUAUGGAAGGCAAGUCGGGUCUUCGUGCUUGGAGGUGGCUGUUCAUCAUCGAGGGCGUGAAAACUAUAGCGUGUGGUGCCGGCGCUGUCUUCAUCUUGCCAGACUAUCCCGCAGGGACCAGCUGGCUCUCGAACCAUGAGAAAGAGAUAGCUGUCAAGCGGUUGACCCUUGACGCUGGUGUUGCUGAGGCAGUAGAGAAUGAAAGCGCUCUUCACGGUUUGAAGUUGGCUGUCAUGGAUCCCAAGGUCUGGCUUCUUGGUAUUACCUAUCACGCAACUAUCAUGGCGCUCAGCUUUAGUUAUUUCUUCCCAACAAUCACGCAGGCUCUAGGAUAUGACACCACAAAGACUUUGCUUCUCACCGCACCGCCUUGGAUAUGGGCAAUGGUUUUCUCGUUGCCUAAUGCUUGGCAUGCAGAUAAGACUGGGGAACGGUUUUGGCAUUAUACGACACCGGCAGUGAUCUGCGUUGUUGGGUAUAUUAUAUCUAUGACCACAACAGCGACGGCUCCGCGAUAUUUUGCCAUGUUUAUGAUGACAACUGGCUACGCCUGCGGCUUCGUAAUGCUUGCUUGGAUCUCUAAUACUAUCGUUCGACCGGCAGCGAAGAAAGCCGCUGCCAUUGGUAUAGUCAAUGCAAUGGGUAACAUUGGAAGUAUUCCUGGUUCCUACAUCUGGCCAUCCAAAUACGGGCCCUACUAUGUGAAGAGCUUUGGUGCUGAGUUAGCAAUUUUCACCUUUGCGGUGGGUUGCGCCUUCCUUCUGCGCACGUAUUUGAAAUCCCUUAAUAAGAAAUUGGAUGCUGAAGAUAAGGUACCCUUCGAAGUCACGAAUGGAACUGUGGAGCAGACUGCUGCACUGGCUGGCAAGAUGCCACAGCAUAUCCUCGAGGAUACCAAGCACUUUAGGUAUCUCUACUAA